AUGAGAACUACGCUUGCUUGUGAAUGGUGUCGCAAAUCCAAACUCAAGUGCCACCACAACGGCUCUCCUCCGUGCAAGGCGUGUGCCUCCCACGCCGGGCGAGAAUGUGUCUUGACUACUCCCCAGGUCGUGCGCCGACAACCGAAACCUCGUAUUGCUUCACGAUAUCCUUACUUAGAAAACCCUGGGCCUGCUGAGCGGGCACCGGAUAACAAUGCCGAUGUUGAGCCCCCAGAGCUAACACCGAGACCCCUUGAGUCAACCAAUCCGGUUACAACAGUCGAUCGCGAAAUCGUUCGACGCGCCUGUCAGAUCUUCACCCAACAGUUCCCCGAAUUUGGGUUCCUCCACAAACCUACCGUCCUAGACCACAUCCAAACCAAUACUAUAUCGUCUCUGAAGCUAUGCGCCGUGGUGGCAUUGUGCGCUCGAUAUCUGCCCGAGGUGACCAGCCGCUACGGAAGUGCCCUUGCGGCAUCGGAACAUUUCGCAGAAUACGUUCGGAAGAACAUCAUGGAGCGCGUGACCUCGCAUGCUGACAUCGACGUAAUCCAGACCCUGGUACUAUUGGGUCUACAUGACUGGGGCUGUUGCAACGGUUUCAGAGCCUGGAUGUAUAUAGGCAUAGCGAUUAGGAUGGCACAAAUGCUACAAGCGCACUUAGGAGACGAUGGGAAGUCGGAAAAGAGUCAGAUCAGUGUUGUAUUGCGAGAGAGCAUCCAUCGGACGAUCUGGGCCUGCUUUGUGAUCGACUGUAUGCUAGGAUGCGGAAAGCAUAGACCGCGAAGCUUCGAAGCGGAAAAGAUCGAAAUACCAUUGCCGAUGAAUGAGGAAGACUACAUUUUCGGUACCGAUGCGUCGGCCGAUCCUAUGUACCUGACAAGUCACGCUGAGGCACCCCUGCCCACACAAAAGCUGGGAGUAGAAUACUGCUUGUCGCUGACCAUCCAGGGAUUUGAUAUUUGGUCGACACUGUCCCGGUGGAUCUGCUCCGGGGGAAGAAGAAGCAAUCUCCCGACCUCGUCGUAUCCUCCAUGGCACAAGACGUCUUUCUGGCAUCAGACGAUGACCGCGCUGGAAAGCUGGAGAGCCACGCUCUGCCCUCGCUUACUAUACUCUUCCAGCGGACUCAAUCUACAAGCCCAGAUCUCCCGGACGCAGGGCGAAAGCUUCGCCAUCAUCAAUCUCCUAUACUACACCAUGGUCAUCUACCUCAACCGAGAGUAUAUACCCUUUCUCCCUCACCGGGUAAGCGGCCCCUGCGGGCCAAUCGAUUCACCUUUACUCAAGGAACAUGCGCCGCCCGGAUGGUGGGACCGAGGCUCCAGGGAGCUUUUCGGCUCCGCGUCAUCUAUCAUUCAUAUCAUGCGGGGGCUUCAGAAAAAUGGCAUACAGCUGCAGACCCCAUUCACGAGCUUUUGUGUCUUCACCGCUGCGGCCACAUUGUCAUACGCAAGUGCGUGGCCCCACAUGGCGCCGGGAACUGAAAACGCGCGCGAGAUGUAUAUCUGGGGUUUGGAAUGGCUGCAACAAUCAUGCAAGCUGUGGAAGAUCGCAGUCGGGUGGUGUGACACGCUGCAGAAUGUGGAUACGCUCUAUACAUGUCUUAAAAGGGAUAGCCUACGAUUUCAUCACGUCGGGCGGGAACCGUUCAUGGACUUGGAAGAUAGUAUCCAGAGGUUCGCAGAGACCAAGGCAGGGCCUUUACCCGCGGCCAAAAUCCUUCUGGCUCUAUCGGGGACCCCACAGCUUGAGAUUAGGGAACCGGGGCGGGAUGUCUCUUCAAGAUCAAGGCAGACAGACACACACGACCGAGGGGACCAAGAUGGGACUGUAGAUAGCCAAGGCUCCGUGGGUCUUGCACAGCAAAGUCCGUUGGAAUAUACGAGUAGGGACUUUUUUGCGAGUCAGGAUCUGAUUGCGAGUAUGAUGGGUGAAGGGAUUGGACUCGACUGGUUUCACGAGCUAUCUUGGUAG